UAAAAUUUGAUUUUACGGCAAUGAAAUAUAUUUGUGUCGUGUAAAGUCAUAUAAUGGCUGAUCAAAAAGUUCCUCCAAAAGAUAUUAUAACUGUUUUUAAAAGAUUAAAAACAAUCGGUGAAAAUAAGAGUUGCUUUGAUUGUAGAGCAUCAAAUCCUACUUGGGCAUCUAUAACAUAUGGUGUAUUUCUCUGCAUCGAUUGCUCAGCAGUUCAUCGACAUUUAGGAGUUCACCUUACAUUUAUCAGAUCUACUCAAUUAGAUACCAACUGGACAUGGCUUCAACUCCGUCACAUGCAAUUAGGAGGAAAUGCAAAGGCUAAUGCUUUUUUUCGCCAACACAAUUUGUUAACACAAGAUGCUGCAGCAAAAUAUAACAGUCGUGUUGCUGCAAUGUACCGAGAUAAACUUAAUUCAUUAGCUUUGAAGCAUUUAAACGAAAAUGGUAUUUCUUCGUUACUUAUUGAUCAACACCAACCAGCUACUACUCCUGAGCAAAAAGAAGUAGAUUUUUUUCAAAACAUUGAGGAAAAUUUAUCACCAACAGAAUCAAGUGCAUUAGUUGUGAAAUCAAGUUUUAUUGAUGAAUCUGACCAACAAGAUGUUGAUUUAGGUCAUUUAAGUACUUCACCCCCAAAAAAAGAUGUUAGAGUAUCAACUAUUGGUGGUCGAAAACCUGUGGCAUCUAAGAAAAAAGGACUUGGGGUAAAAAAAGGUGGUCUUGGUGCAGCUAAGUCAAAAGCAGAUUUUGCUGCCAUUGAAAAUGAAACGCAAGAACAAGAUAAAUUGCGGCAUCAAGCUUCAGGUGAAAGUACUUCAUCCAAAUCAGAAGACCUUCCUCUCUCUUCAACGUUUACUUACAAAACUGCUGCAAUGAAAAGAGAGGAAGAAAAAAUUAAAAAUUUGGAUCCAAAGAAAGCUGAGCAAAUGGAGCGGUUAGGCAUGGGUUUUGGAAAUAAAAGUGCAGUUAGCCAUUCAGUUUCAGAAAGCAUGAGAACUGUUGAACAGGUGAAGCCAAAUAAGUCAUCUGAAUUAAGUAGCAAAGAAAGAUAUGAUUCAGGAAAGUCUGACUUUUUUGACAGUGUCAGUGGAUUUGAUGGAUUAUCUGGAUUUAGUAGUUACAAAGAAGAUAUAAUAGAGGAGCCACCUAGUUACAACGGUCAUUCAAUUAGAAAGGCUUCUUGGGGGUCAGACAGCGGAACUAGAUCUUAUAAAUCUGACAGAGAAGAAAACUGCAAUAAUCGUUCCAGAAACAAACCAUUGGUGGCUGAAGAGCCCAGUACAAGUGAUGAGAUGCAGAAAAAGUUCGCAAACGCUAAAGGAAUUUCAUCAGAUCAAGUUUUUGGAAAUAACCAAAAUGAUACAACACGUGGAAGACUAGAUCAAUAUCAUGGUUCAAGUGGAAUUUCAAGCGCUGAUUUGUUUGGCGAAAAAAAGAAACAAGGUUCUUCGGUGGACAUGCAAAAUAUAAAGGAUAGUGUUCAGAAUGUUACUGGAAAGCUUUCAAGUUUAGCUUCUGGUGUUAUCGGAAGUUUACAGAAUAGAUAUAGUGGAAGCGGAAAUCAUUAAAUAAUUUAAAUGCUAUGUUAAGAGGGGAAAGAAGCAGAUCAAUUGUUCAAUAUUUGUCGACACUACGACUAAACAUCAACUUGGUUUGGUUGCGCGUGGCUGCCUAAAAUCUACUUUUUAAUCACGAUUGAAGUCAGAAAAACUAAAUCAAACAA